AGGUGCUUACAUAUAAUAUUAUGGAACUCACCUGAGGAUCUGCAAUGAAAGGUUCUUUAAUUCUGUUUGUUUUUAUUAUUUCUAUUUCAAACAUUGUCAAAAGCAGCGUUAUAAAAGAAUGUUUGAAAAAUAUUUUAGGAGAAUGUAUACAGCCAUUGGUAAAACACCACAAAGUAAAAACGACGCCCUCUAUAGCGGCCAAUGUAAAUGAAUGCAACGAAUAUGGAAAAUGUGUUGAAACAACUACAAAAGAAUCACUUCGCGGUGGUAUGAUCAAUUACAUGCUCGAAGGGGAUAAUUCAACCUACGAUUACAAAGACAUGAAUUGGGAGGUUCUUUGCAAGAUCCAACCCAAUGGAUGGAAUUGUGGCGAGAAAGGUUAUCGUUACACUUUUUACUAUGACAUUAAGCUCUAUGGUUGCAAGACUGCAGUAAUAGGUGUAGCAUGUGAACAUAACCACAAUAGUUUCAAUACGCUUGCCGAUUGUACUGCGAUGUGCAAAGAUGAUGGAGAGCACGCAAUAACGCACCUUAAGCUGCCACCAGCAGUAUUUUGCCGUUUGCAACCCGAUUUCGGCUAUUGUGAUGGAUACUACCCCAGCUUCUACUUUGAUUUGACCAAUCGACGCUGUGUAGGAUUUUCAUAUAGUGGUUGUGGAGGUAACGCCAACAGAUUUCAGACUUCUCAACAAUGCGCCUCUGUAUGCAAGACUCAGAUAAAUUUUGAGCCAGCUGCAUGAAACCAUACAUCGAAAACGGUAAAUGUGUACCUGGAUAUUAAUUUGAAUAUUGUGGAAUAUAAUAAAUAAAUUGCAACUA